AUAAAAUCAGAAAAUAAAUAAAUUUAAUUAUUAAUUAUUAAUAUAUUAAUUAUUUAUAAUAUAAUUAGUGACAAAAUUAAUUUUAUAAUUAUAAAUUAUAAUACACAAAAAUUAAAUAUAAUUAUUAAUAAUAAAAUAUUUUUAAGUCAGUCAAAAAAAAAAAAAUUCAUUCAGAUUAUUUUUUUGUUGAGAAAUAUUAUAUAUUCAUUAAUAUUUUAUGAGCAGAUCUUCAAUUAUCAGUUAUGUAAAGUUCACUAGUAAUUUUUAGAUAAAGAUCAUCCCUCAACUGAGUACAAUAAAGUUGAGUUAUAAAACGAAAUAUAAUAAGUGGAAGAAAGUUGAGAAAAGUUUAGUUCCUCAGAAGCAAGCAAAGAGAAAUGAAAAGUAAUAUUUAAAAGAAAUAAUAAAAAGAAUAUUUGAAAUUGUUUAAUAAAAGUUUUACUUCAUUCUAUAUAAAAUUAACUACACUAAACUAAACAUUUUAAAUUAGCUAUAACUUACUAAAAUUAUACAACUGAAUUUUGAAAUUUAAAUAUUUUUUAAAAUAAAAUGGUCCAGUUUCGAAUUUUCAGAAAAUUGAAAAAUUUUCAGUUUCGUAAGUAAAAAAAAAAAUAUAAUUAUGUUUAUUCUUAAAUUUUAAUUACCUACUUUAGUUUAUAUUUUAAGAAAAAUUUUUAACGAAAAUAUGGAUGAAAAUUGGACUUGAGAUCAAAAAUUAUUUUCAUGAUUUUUGUGGCAAAACGUCUUUUCAUGGUUUCCGACACCUUGCAUCCAAGCGCAUGUCAUCGAGUGAAAAAUUAAUAUGGACUGGGAUUUUAGGGAUAGCUACUGGAAUUUUCGUAUUCUUGAUUCAAAGAGCUGUGCAAAGAAUGUUAGAUGAAUCAAUAUUAAUUGAACUCGAAAGUGUUGACAAUAGCAUGGAAGAAUUAGAUUUUCCCGCUGUUACUGUUUGUAAUCAUAAUCGAAUUUACAAACCAAGUGCUGAAAAAUUUAUGAAAUAUUUAAACAAUAGCGGAUACACGGAAAAUAAUAUUCAAGAAUUUUUCCACUACUUACCAAUUUUGACGAAUCCCCUUGAAAAUGUAUUUUUAAAAAGUAAUCUAUAUAAUCGAAUGCUCCAGGAUUUAAAAAUACCUCUAAAAUCACUAAUGCAACAGUUAAUGCAUCCUUGUGAAAAUUUAUUUGGUGCAUGUGAAUUCGUGGGAAUAUUAGUCAAUUGUUCAUCUUUAUUUAAACCAGUUUUAUCGUACAAGGGAUUUUGUUGUGCUUUUAAUUAUCACGUUUCACCAAUAAUUUUUAACAAUAACAAGCUGGAGAAUUGCACCAAUUUACAUAAGAAUUUAUUGGAUUCUAAUUUUACAUGUAAAAAAGAAACAGAUUGUCCGGGGAGAAAAAGAAUUCAAAAAGUACGUGGUUCUGGAAUUCAUACAGGACUUUAUUUCCGAUUGUAUAUAGAACCGGAAAAUUAUUUUGGUUUAACAGAAAAUUUUGCAAGUGCUUCAUUGAUAAUUCAUGAAACUCAUGAUUAUCCUGAACUUGAUAUUUCUGAACUGGUGGUGCAGCAGAGUAAGCAAGUAAAUGUAAUAAUAUCAGGGAUAAAAGUGGAAAAUGACAUUACAAUCCAUCAGUUAUCACAGGAGACACGAGAUUGUGUCUUUUCCUCAGAGGUUCCGUAUGAUUAUAGCUUUCAAUCUUGCAUUGCAAGUUGCAAAAUAAAACGUCUUUUAAAAAUUUGCUCAUGUGUUCCAUAUUAUUAUCUUGACACUUGUGUCAAUAUUUCAAAGACAUGUGACUUCAGUAACAUGAAAUGCAUUAGAAAAAAUCAUGCAUUGAUAUACAAUAUACAUGAGAAAAUGAAACUGGAAAAUGGAGAGAUUCUAGAAAAAUGUCCAUGUUUACAAGUUUGCUCGAGAACGAAAUAUGUUAUUUAUGAUGAAAUUGCCUCUAUUUAUCAAGGUUUACGAUAUCCAUUUCUUGAAAGACUUGCUCAGUCAAAACGAGGAUCGGACUUUGGUUUUGCAAAAGUUUAUGUUUAUUUUCAAGAUUACACUUUUACGAAAUUUAAAAAACGAUUGAGUUCGCCUUGGUAUACGACAAUAGGAAUUUUGGGAUCUAUACUUGGAUUAUGCCUAGGUGGUUCAUUUAUAAGUGUAUUGGAACCAAUUAUUCAAAUUUUCGUAACUCCUUGUCGAAUAAUUCAUCGAGAAAAACAAAAAAACAAAAUUGAAUCUAAUAAAAAAAUUUUCAAAAAAAUUCCCUUGAAUGAUCGAAUUAAAAAAAUUAAAACACUUUCUGUUAAUAGAGAUAUUUCUAUGCUUCAAAUUGAUUAUUAAUUUUUUUAAAUUAUAAAUUAAAGUCGACAGAAAAAUUAAUUUUCCAAAAUAAUGCAUUUAUAUAAAAAAUUGUAAUUAAAGUGUGUAUUUGUUUCUUUAUGAAGAUAAAUAAAGAUGAAGAUAAAUU